UCCCUCCCGCGUUCAAAAGCCGAUCAUCCUGAAGUAGACGACGAAAUUCAGUAGAAAGGUGGAAUUUGGAAAUCUUCUUCAUUGUCGUUGAGGCCGUUUAACACUGAUAUUUUAUUCAUCCUCCUCUCUCUCGAUCACAAUUGGAAUUUCCCAGCAACUUAUAAUCAAUUUUCACUCUACUAUUAUCUAAUUUCUCUCUUUUUUCUGGGUUUAUAUUUAUUGGCAAAAAAACCUCUUUUGGGCUGUUCAAGAAGAGAGGAGAGAGAGAGACAACAAAGAUGAUGCUGCAGUAUCAUGGUUUUUCAGGGCUUAAAACCAAAAGGAUUGUAUUUGAAAAUGUAUUCAGUGUGCUUGACUCUGUUAGUCUUGAGCAUAUGAAAGAACUAACUGCAAGGCGUAGAUUAAUUGAAGAAUCUAUCAACGAGACCAGCUGCAUCACAGAAGCUACAGCAAGGGAGAUGUCUGGAGGGCUGACUUCUCGUAGUCAACAGGAUAUUCAGAAAUUGGAACAGUAUCUGCCAAUAUUGGAGAAUUUUGUUAUCCAAGUUGAUUCGAUUAGUCGAAACAAGAAUUUGUUGAUUUCAGAGCUGAGAAUACAGUGGAGCAGCACCGUUAGCUCAUCGCGGUUCAGAAUUGGUGGUCCAAAGUUUUUUCAAAUUAAUAGUCUGAAGUAUGAACUUGGGAUGAUCCUUUUCCUUUAUGGUGUAACUAUUCGUGAGCAGGCUUUUGAAAUUCUUUCAGAAGAUAAGCAGAAGUCUGCCUGCCUUCUGAGAAAAGCAGCUGGAAUAUACAAACAUUUGAAUGAUGAAGUCCUUCCAUUGCUGCAAUCUAUCUUGCCUCCGGAGAAGCCACCUGAGACUGCAACCAAUGUCUCUUUUGCCAUGAAUAAUAUUUGCUUGGCGGAAGCUCAGGCAAUAGCCAUAAAAAUGGGAGAAAUGCAGGGAUUGUCUGCUGGUCUUCUAGCAAAAUUGCACUAUGGUGUUACACAGUUAUUGGAUGAAGCAAGUUCUCUUCUGCAACCUGGACCUAGAGAUAUUUCUCGUCGAUUUCUAGACUUUAUAGUUUCUUGCAGCACUCUGCAUGAAUUGAGCAGUUAUAGACACCUUGCUGAAAGCUACAAACACGCGGAGCAAGUGGGAGUUGCCAUUGGUCUUCUAAACCGUGCAAUGAGUAAAGCAAAGAACUUGCCUGGGGAACAGUCGUGGCGAGAAGUAUUUAAAAAUGAACUUAACAAAAUCUCCGAUAUGCUAAAAAAGUACAAUGAUGAAAAUGCAUUUGUUUGGCACCAUAAGAUCCCACUGGAUUUCGAGUUGCCCUCCUUGGAGGGUAGGACAAUAGUGACUGCGACCCCUUAUGAGCCUGAAAGAUGGGAAAGACAAAUUACUUUCAGUACAUGAAUGUCAAACCAAAUAAGUUGUACAGUGUCAUUGAUUGUGUAAAUGAUCGAUCCUAUAUUUGCCUCGUGUGUAUAUUAGCUGAGCCUGGGAUAAUCGAAGGGGGUUUUCGCCUGUCUUGCUGAUGUCAAAACUCAAAAGGCUACAAGGUAGCCUUUGGCCGCAGUAAGAUUCGAGUGUAAAUGUGAAGAUGUUAGAGCUGGAACUGAUUCACAUGUUGUUUCUUGUUGCAAUGACAAAGCUAUGGCAAAAUGUUACUCCAUUCUAAGAAAAUUGCAUCCUUGAGUUGUUCAUUGA